UCAUAUCCCAUAUUUAAUUAUUACUUUAUAGAUGGGAAAUAUUUGUAAAUCAAAACUUAAACCACCACAAAUACAGGACAGAUAAUAAUAUCUACCAAGAGAAGAGUUGUUAUGUUUACUGAUACAUGUUUACUGAUAGCCACAGCCCCCUAUUGAGCCAACUUUCAUUACUAUAUCAAAUUAUUUGUUUAGAUGUUAUGAUGAUCUUUCUCUUCAUUCAGUGAGUGUCAAUAAUUUAUUCAACUUCAGUGAAAUCAUGUGAGUCGAGUGAUUUUGGUUGAGACAACUUGGUAAUAGACGAACAGGAUUUACAAUCUACUGAAAGCUGAGCUAAUGCAGAAUUGAGAUAACAUCACAACAAAGUAGUUGUGCUCUUAUAUAUUGUAGCAAACUCGUUCUUGUUUCAACUUGUCAUAAAGCUUAAACGUUAUAGGUCCAAACAAACAUCAAAUAUUUUUUUUUUUAUUUGUUAUUUAUGAUGCAUGUGUAAAACAUUAUCUUAAAUGUUCAAUGGAGCCUUACUCGGCAAAAACUACUUCAACAUGCUACACAUGAACAAAGCUGCAACAUUAAUUGUCACUCAUUAAUAGUUCGAGAAAAAUCCAACUUCAUCAAAGAUGGGUAUGUAAUUAUGUGAGCAUUUAAAGAUUUCGGUAUCCUUAAAGAUUCUGGAUAUCAGUCAGUUAGAAAAAACAUUAAGCAGUCAAUAUCCUGGAUAUGUGAAACAACUCUUUAUGAGAAGAAAUCUCAAAACAUAACAAAAAUUCAAAGGGAAAUGCAAAGUCUACAGGACAUACAAGAAGAUUUGAUGGGGGAAGAAUUAACAUAUUUAGGACAAAGUUCCAAUUAUGGCGUGACAGAAUGGCAGAGCGUCUUGAUCAAUGAGAUGCCAGAUAAAAUCCUCUUGCAGAUAUUUUCGUUUCUCAAGCAUCGAGAACUUGGGAAAAUUGCACGUGUGUGCAAACGUUGGCGUCUCAUUGCAUACGACAGUCGACUGUGGCAGGCGGUAUCCUUGCGUCCUGAAUUCUCCGGUCUGCAUGUGAAUAAUACUGAAACACUGCUGGCUUUAAUAAACAUCCGUUUCGGUUCAACUCUCCGAUAUAUUGAGCUUCCCUGUGAACUGAUCACGUCCCCUGUCUUGCAUGACCUUGCCAAUAAGUGUCCUAACCUCAAGUAUAUGACACUUGACUUUUCAAAUGCAAUGCAAUUACAUGACUUCAAUGAUUUGAACGCCUUUCCUUGUAACCUUCGAAGUCUCUGCAUUUGUUUAUCCGAGGUAAUCUUUUUGGAGGGAUUUAUGCGAAGGAUUUAUAGCUGUUUAUCAUCUCUGGAAGUUCUUCAUUUGAUUGGUACUUUUGAAUUGUCAAGCGAGGCCGAAGAAGAGAACUAUGAAGUCAUCAACAUCAGUAAAAUAAAAGCUCAUACUCCAAACUUACGAAUCAUCAAUAUGUAUGGCAUCGGAUUUGUAGAUGAUAGCCAUGUGGAAAUGCUGGCUUCCAACUCCAUUCAUCUUGAAGUUUUAGCCUUAAACUUCUGCUUGCGUGUCAAAGGUUCAUCUUUCAGUAUGCUCGUACAAAAGUGCAAGAAGCUGAAAUCUUUGCUGCUUCAACAUACUGGAGUGGAAGAUAGCUUUAUGAUGGCCGUUCCAUGGGAACAGUCUAUCAUCCAUGAAUUGGAUUUAACAUCUACGGAACUUUCAAAAGAGUGCCUGGAGAAUAUUCUACUUCGAAUGCCUGGAUUUAUCUAUCUUGGACUUGGGUACUGUGAAUUCUUUUCAGAUACGAUAUUAGAAAAACUAAUGGAAACAGGAAAAUUCAUCAAAUUACGUGCCAUUGAUAUUAGUCAUACCAAUGCAUUGUCUGAGAAUUCAAUUUACAACUUCUUGCUGACAUAUGGGAAAAAUCUUAAAGGACUUAUGCUGUCUGGGAAACCAAAAUUGACAGAAAACUUUUGGCUGAAUGUAAUCCCCUUUUUGAAAAACAUUAAAAUUUGUCGACUAGGAACAGCAAAUGGUUGGUUUCUGCGCAUCAAUACCCGUGUGCACAUUGAUCAAAUAAUAGAAGCCUUUGCUCAACAUUGUGCUUAUAUGGAUCGGCUGGAAAUCCAGUGGGAUCCUGACACCAUCCGCUUCAGUGAUAAAAGUAACAAAUUUGUGGAUCAUAUUCGACUGCGUUGCCCACACCUUCGAUCCAUAACUUUAAGUGAUGGUGAAUAUUACGAGAUGGUCAAAUCAAACUUUGAACGUGCUGACAAGAAGAGAGUUGUGAGAACGACCAUUAACUACAACACCAGCAUUGUUAGUCUGCUUAGUCAGUACAAUGACUUGCUCUUCAACUAGAUCUCUUGAACUGUUGGACUGUUUAUUUAUUUAUUUAUAUAUUUAUUUAACUAUUUAUUUAUCUAUUUAUUUAUUUAUUUAUUUAAACCAACUCCUUGUGUGUUAGUGUGUGUGUGUGUGUGUAACCUAACUUUGGACUGAUUACAUAUUAAGAGAUACACUGCUCUGUUAUAGUCUUUGGUGUUUCCUGAUCUUUCCUUUAUAUCAGUGAAUUUGAACAUCAUUAGUUUUUUCAGUUUAUUGAUAUCAGGUUCAAACUGUUCCAAAUUUAAGAGAUUUGCAGUUUGAAAGAUUAAUGGAAAUUCUAAGAAACCCAUGUAGCAAUAAUUGUUUGCUAAACAAAACAAAAUUUUAUUUAAAAAAAUUUUUUUAAAAACGAAAUAAUUUUCUGUUUAGAAACUGCUUUAACAGUUGCUUUUGACCCUCUCAUGACUUAAAUUCACUCCAGUGGAGACGAAAUGGCCAGCAUUUUCAUAAAUUUGUAUCCCUAUCAAGGAAGAACAUGUCAAACAUUUUCAAGGUCAUUUAAUUUAAUGAAGGACAAACUCUGCUGGUAAAUUAACAUUUCUUGUGCAGUUUCAUGCCAUCUUUUAAUAACUAUUUCGAAAAUUUUCUCCACGUAUAAGAAAGAAACUAACUUUUUGUUAAUUGUUAAAACGAACUUUAAAAAAAAAAAUGAAAGAAAAAAACACCCAAACUUCAGAUGAUUUUUAACAAAUAAUUUUACUAAAACAAUAUUUUGAUUAAAUACAAAAUGAUUUUUCUUACAACAAAA